UAGAUCUUCACAUCAUCAAUACUCUUUAUAACAGAUUCGGUCACGGUGGACUACCCACACACACCUGACAGAUUGUAAUAUAUAACAAGGUAUGUUGUCAUUGUAAGACAUAACACAUUUAUAUAUACAAGAUAGAAACAUGAACAUUUCCCCAGCUAUAUCAACAUUGAGUCUCAGGUCCUGGUCAACUCCUAUACUGAAAAGAAAGAAGAAAUCUUUGACAAAGAAAAUUGUUAUUAUACCAAAGAAAAAAGUAUCGACUGAUUCUUCUGUUGGGUCUAUAGACAAAGUCGAUUCCGAAGGGAGAAGUCUGCUUUUCUACGCUGCUACCUUCGGAACAGUAGAAGUUGCUGAUCAGCUCCUUAAAUCUGGUUGUGAUCCAAAUGUACAGGAUGUUAACGGCGAUACUGCGCUCCACGAAGCUGUAUUAAAUGGACAUCUCAAACUAAUUCGACUAUUACUUAAAAAAGCUGUAAACCUGGACAUAAACGUCAAGAACGGACAAGGAGAGACACCUUUAAUGGUCGCUGUCCAUCAGGACCAGAUCGACGUAGUAAAACAUCUACAUAAAGCAGGAGCAAGUAUUAAUGAAACUGACGAUAUUGGCCGAAGUGCUUUACUGAUAGCAUCCGAACAAGGAUCAGAAAAAUGUUGUCAAUAUUUGAUGAAACAUGGUGUGGACAUUCAGAUGAGAGACAGCUUGGGUCACUCAGCUUUGUUUUACGCCUUACACAGCACGAAACUUUCGGUUCAACUUAUAAAACAAAUCUUAAAAUCAGGAUACGAUGUAAGCCUGGAUGCAGAAUGGGUAAUUAGUGAAAAUCAUUCAGAAAACAGCCUGAAGAAAUUAAAUCCGAAACUGUAUCAGACCAUACUGGACAAAAUAGGAGUUCCUCAUUUUGAAAGAGAUUGCUACUGUAGACGUCCUAGCAUAGGUAACGUCAUUCUUACACGGAUCUCGACGAUUCUCGUGGCACCAAACUAACCACGUGACUUGUACCAGAUGGAGCCACUCAUCAAAACUCGGUUGUAAAAAGAUGUUGUCGUUUGGGCUCAAUCGGAGAGUAUUGCGUUCAACGGAAUAGUGCGAAGUGUUAUGAUUGGAUAAUGAAGACUUGUACAUUGAAAGACCAUGAUUGAAUGAAUAGAACAGUUUACGUCGACGCUUUAUAAUUUACAUAAUGUGUGACGUGAACAUCGAAAUAAGAUAUGAGGAAUUUAUCUGAUUAGAAUAUGUAUAGAAUAAAGUCACUUUUAGUGUUCAAACAGAUGAAGAUUGUAAUAUAUUGUAUAUAUUUAUGCUGUACCGAUCAGUGGCGUCAUUACCUAAAUUGUUGUUAUUUUUUCAAACGGCCUGGUAUGACAUUCGUAGGACCGGUGCUUAUCAACAUCACAUGAUAGGAUAUAUACAUGACUGUUGCUUAUAAUGAAGUGAAAAGAAAAUUGAUGCUAUUUAAUUUGUGAUCUACGAAAUCCAGCCUGAUUUGAACACAAUUUAUAUUAGUUAUAAGAGCCAUAUCUAUGUUUAUUAUAUCGAUGAUUUGAAUAUACAAUGGACUUAUAAUUGAUUAUUGCACCAUUUCAUUUGUAUCUUCUAUCUUUGUUUAACCUAUGAUAAAUAUGCUUAUAUAUAUGUAAUACUUUUUGUAACAGUUUCUACAAUAUAAACUUGAAAUGAACUUAUCGUUGCUUUCGUCUCAACUCGGCCGAUUCCGACAGUAGCGGAAUCUACCGAGGAUUGCCGAAUGGUUAUCGUUGAUGCACAAUUAAUGAUCGACUCUUAAGAUGAAACCUGCUUUGACAUUGCAUUAGGGCGUUAUGGAUCGCAUAAUAUAAAGAUUUACUGUCGUAU